GUAAGUGGUAUGUUCUUUCCGGUUACUGGAGGGCUUUUCAAAACACCAAACCAGCAAAGGGUGCAGCUCUUGAUCUGCUGAAAUAUUUGUCACAUACCAGCUUUUCACGACAGACAAAUGUACGGGGAGAAGGCUGUUGAAUUGAUUCGUCAGCUCCACCGUUCACCAGACGGGUCCUUGCCGCCAUUUAAUGAGGACGGGAUCCGGCAAGUACUGGAGGAGAUGAGGGUGCUGUUUGAACAGAACCAAGCAGAUGUGAACAAAACAGUGGAUGGGGCACCUGGACUGUUUCCUGGGGUUCAACUCAGACAUGCAGCCUUGGAGAGGAAUAAGAGAUGUCUGCUGGCCUACAUGUUCAACAGAAUGGAGAGACUUCGUGCCAUGAGGUGGGAGUUUGGUAGUGUGCUGCCUCCAGAUAUCAAGUACAACUUGUCAGAACAAGAGAUCCAGUGGUUCAGUCGGUAUAAUAAGUCCCUGGCUGCUUACAUGCGAUCUAUAGGAGGUCCCAGUGGAGGAGGACUGGACCUCACACAGGACCUGAAGCCCCCCAAGUCCUUGUACAUUGAAGUACGGUGUUUGAUGGAUCAUGGAGAGUUUGAGACAGAAGAUGGCACAAUUUUACUACUCAAGAAAGACAGUCAGCACUUUCUACAGAGGUCGCAGUGUGAGCACUUAAUACGACAGGGGGUACUGGAGCAUAUCCUGUAAUACUUGACCACGAACAUACAGAGGGACCAGCAUCAUCAUACUCCUUCUGGUCCCUGUGCUUUGCUAUGUUCUCACAAACACAUUACAUAAGCUUUUAUCUUCAGGGUUACAGUUUAAUCCACACUGAUUGGUCUUGUACAUGGUAAUGUCUUGCACAGGCAUGUGGCAAGCACAAAGACUCAAUAAACAUGAUAACAAAGAAUCA